AUGGUGUCUGGGAAACGUUCUCUUAAGACAAGGCAAGUGAAACUGAACGACCGCGAGCGGAACCGCAUGCACCACCUCAACGCCGCGCUGGACGAGCUCCGCAGCGUCCUGCCUACCUUCCCCGACGACACCAAGCUCACCAAGAUCGAGACCCUGCGCUUCGCCUACAACUACAUCUGGGCGCUGUCCGAGACCCUCCGCCUGGCCGAGCAGUGCCUCCCCACUCCCGGCCCGUUCCGCGGGGCCGCCGCGCCCCCCCCCAGCCCCGGCAGCGACGCGGGGUCGUGGCUGUCCAGCGCCUCGCCGUCCGCCCCCUCGCUCUGCGCCUCCAACUCGGGCCCCAGCAGCCCGGCCACCUCCGAGGACUGCGCUUACCCCCCAGCCGACAGCCUGCGGGGGUUCCGCGGGCUGCCCGCAGCCCCGGGCGCGCCCCUCCGCUAG